AUGAACAAAACUCGUGAGGCAUCCGAGGAGGAGUUGUUGUAUGGUCUUGAAUUGAUUUCAAUGGAAAUUUUGAAAAGCGGCACGACCACAUUGGAAGCGAAAAGUGGCUACGGGCUGAACACGGAAUCCGAACUGAAAAUGUUGAAUGUUAUCGAUAUGGCCUCAGGUUACUUACCAGUCGAACUAUCAGGAACAUUUUGCGGUGGUCAUGCUGUUCCAAAAGGCACCACUGAACACGAUCAAACGAAUCUGAUCGUAAAUGAAAUGAUACCGUUGAUUAUUAACGAAAAGAACGAAGGGCGUUUGCAGACAAUCGAAAAUAUUGAUGUAUUCUGUGAGAAAGGAAAUUUCGAAGUGGAUUCAAGCCGAACUAUCCUUGAGGCUGGCAAGAAGGCUGGCCUGGCCAUAAAUUUCCAUGCCGAAGAGCUGAAUCAGAUUGGUGGUGCUGAGAUGGGAGCUGAAAUCGGGGCUCGAGCAAUGAGUCAUUUGGAGAAGGUCAGUGAUAACGGCAUUAGAGCCAUGCAAAAGUCUGGUACUGUUGCUGUCCUCUUACCAACAACCGCAUAUAUGCUACGUCUGUUUCCUCCACCAGCCAGAAAGAUGAUUGAUAGUGGUGUGAUCGUCGCGUUAGGAUCGGACUUCAACCCGAACGCGUACUGCUAUUCGAUGCCGAUGGUGAUGAAUCUUGCUUGCGUUGAUAUGUAUCUUUCGAUGAGUGAAGCGCUGAUAGCUUCGACAAUCAACGCUGCACACUCGUUGCAACGUGGUAAAACACAUGGUUCCAUACAUAAGGGUCGAAAUGCUGAUCUCAUCGUCCUGGAUGCGCCACGAUGGGAACACAUAAUCUAUCAGUUCGGUGGACAUAAUGCACUUAUCAAACAUGUUGUUAAGAACGGCAAUGUUGUGUACUCGAAACAAACAUAG